CUCUUGUCUCACACACAACGUAAAACGUCAACGUCGCGACACAAAACUUUUCGGCAUCAACUGGGUGGAAUCUGUAGUGUUUUCCGGCGAAUCUCAAGUCUCGUUCCUGUCCCCCAGUCAUCACACAAUGGAAGCUUUGUACAGUGUUCCGUUUAUGCUAUUUGAGGUGCCAAAUCUCAAGCUGAAGCGGCCCUCCUGGUUCCAGCAACCGUCGGCUAUGACGGUGUUUUCUUUCGUGCUGCUGAGCUACUUUCUGGUCACCGGGGGAAUUAUCUACGAUGUGAUUGUCGAGCCUCCAAGUGUGGGAUCCACAACCGACGAGCAUGGCCAUUCUCGUCCUGUUGCCUUCAUGCCGUACCGAGUGAAUGGUCAGUACAUCAUGGAAGGUCUGGCUAGCAGUUUCCUGUUCACGAUCGGAGGACUUGGUUUCAUAAUCAUGGAUCAGACGCAUACCCCCGGAAAGCCAAAACUCAACAAGAUCCUGUUGAUUUCGAUGGGAUUCAUUUUCAUCCUGGUGUCCUUUUUCACCACAUGGAUCUUUAUGCGCAUGAAACUGCCGGGAUAUCUCCAGCCUUAAGAAAAUAAGUGCACUUUUCCAUACUAAAGUAAGCAUUUAUUGUGCGUAAUAAUAAUACACGAGUACGAAUGACGUAAAUAAACUUUCUAAAUCACAAAAAUCUAA